ACCCGAUGGCCCCGCCUACGUCCCCCACGGGGAAGCGUAUUUAGGAGCAUGCGCACUGCUUAAAACGGGGAGGAAGGGGAGCCGGCGAUGUAGGUACUUUGCGAAUAGUUAGGAGGGCUCUGGAUUUAGAAGGAUCGGCGUGGCCGGGCACGAUGGCUCUUGGCUGUAAUCCCAGCACUUUGGGAGGCCGAGGCGGGCGGAUCACCUGAGGUCGGGAGUUCGAUACCAGCCUGACCAGUAUAGUGAAACCCCGUCUCUACUAAAAUACAAACAUUAGCCGAGCUGUGGUGGUGCGCGCCUGUAAUCUCAGCUACUCAAGAGGCUGAGGCGGGAGAAUCACUGGAACCCAGGAGGUGUACAUUUCAGUGAGCCGAGAUCGCGCCACUGCACUCCAGCCUGGGUAGCAAAGGGAGACCUGUCUAAAAAAAAAUAGUAAUAAAAAAAAGGGGUCGUCCUAUUGAUGCGUCUUCCCAGUGUUUUAUAGUAGCAGGAAGUGCACGUUUUAUUUGUUUUACCUUUUAUUUUCUUGAGACAGGGUCUCCCUCUGUCGCCCAGGCCGGAGUGCAGUGGUCCGAUCAUGGCUUACUGUCGCCUCGACUUUUCGGGUUUAAACAUUACUCCUGCGUCAGCCUGCACAGUAGCUGGGACUACAGGCACAUGCCAUCAAGCCUGGCUAAUUUUUUUUUUGUAGAGACAGGAUCUUGCUAUGUUGCUCAGGAUGGUCUCGAACUCCUGGGCUCAAGCGAUCCUCCUACCUCGGCCUCCCAGCCUCAAAGUGCAGCUUUUAGUUCUAAUUAUAUUUACUAGGGGUCUAGAUCUGGACCUACUAGGAUCUAGAGCUGGCAGGAAGUGAUAAUUCAAAGAUAAAAAGGGUACCUUUUAGGAUGGACAUUGAGAUUAAGGUUUUGAAAAUGCAACCUUCACUGCAAAGUAAGGGGGCCAGUUUUGGUUGUGGAAAGAGUGUAAGUCUGGCCCUUUUUUUUUUUUUUUUAAAGAGAUGGGAUGUGGGACGUUAUCUCGUUGUAUUGCCCAAGCUGGUUUCGAACUCCUGGACUCAAGCGAUCCUCUUGCCCUGGCCUCCCAAAGUGCUGGGACUACCGGCAGGAGCCACAGCGCCCAGCCGGAAGUGUGGCUUUCAUAGAUACAGGAAGUGUGGCAUUUAGGAAUCUGCCUUGGGGUUUAUUUUUGAUUGAUGCGAGGGGCGUGGCUUGUCGAUAACGCGAUACUGGCUUGUCGAUAACGCGAUACCAGCUUGUGAAUGAACAUUGGGGUACUCGGAAGUGUGGCGUACUCCAGUCCUGUGUUUACGGAUAGACCGGAAGUGUGGCUUCAUUUACAGUCGGCACGUAGGAUGGAGAGUAGUGCAUAUAGAGACACAUGUUCCCAACGGAUUUGACGAUGGUGUUCGGUCUUGAAUGGAAUUGUAGUCUUAGGCUAGUCUUAGGUUUUUGAACAGGAUAGUAGGUAUCCGGAGUCGAUUGAGGGCCAGAGCAGUCACUGGGGUUCAGAUUCUGGGCAAAGUUCCCCACGUUGAGGGUCUCGAGGACGCCUAGAUCUCUUUCCCAGGGCCAUGGCGAACCCGAAGCUGCUGGGACUGGAGCUAAGCGAGGCGGAGGUGAUCGGUGCUGAUUCGGCGCGAUUUGAGGAGCUGCUGCUGCAGGCCUCGAAGGAGCUCCAGCAAGCCCAGACAACCAGACCAGAAUCGACACAAAUCCAGCCUCAGCCUGGUUUCUGCAUAAAGACCAACUCCUCAGAAGGGAAGGUUUUCAUCAACAUCUGCCACUCGUCCUCUAUCCCUCCUCCUGCUGACGUGACCGAGGAGGAGCUGCUUCAGAUGCUAGAGGAGGACCAAGCUGGGUUUCGCAUCCCCAUGAGUCUGGGAGAGCCUCAUGCAGAACUGGAUGCAAAAGGCCAGGGAUGUACCGCCUACGACGUAGCUGUCAACAGCGACUUCUACCGGAGGAUGCAGAACAGCGAUUUCUUGCGGGAGCUCGUGAUCACCAUCGCCAGGGAGGGCCUUGAGGACAAAUACAACUUGCAGCUGAAUCCGGAAUGGCGCAUGAUGAAGAACCGGCCAUUCAUGGGCUCCAUCUCGCAGCAGAACAUCCGCUCGCAGCAGCGUCCUCGGAUCCAGGAGCUGGGGGACCUGUACACGCCCGCCCCCGGGAGAGCUGAGUCAGGCCCUGAAAAGCCUCACCUGAAACUGUGGCUGGAAGCCCCUGACCUCCUCUUGGCCGAAAUUGACCUCCCUAAACUGGAUGGAGCCCUGGGGCUGUCACUGGAGAUCGGGGAGAACCGCCUGUUGAUGGGGGGCCCCCAGCAGCUGUAUCAUCUAGACGCCUAUAUCCCACUGCAGAUCAACUCUCAUGAGAGCAAGGCAGCCUUCCACCGGAAGAGAAAGCAAUUAAUGGUGGCCAUGCCGCUUCUGCCGGUGCCUUCUUGAUCAGGGUGUCUCCCUGUGCUUCUGAGAUGUGGAGAAGAGGCUGCUGGCUUCUCUAAAGUUGAAAUAAAAGAUUUUUGCCUUU